AUGAUUAAAACAGUUGGAACAGUUUUUAUUUUCUGUGCCUUUCUAUUUGACAUUGGAGAACCUAGUUCUGAAUCAUUAAAAAAUGUGCCAAAUUCAUUGAAAGAAAGUGCAAAAUAUCAUGUCGAAGAACAUGGUAAUUCAAAUGUUACACAUGUCGAAGACAUCUUUAGUGAGAGGAAAAGCAGAUUGUUUGAGUCCUUUCCAUUUUACACAAUUGGUCGUUUCGAAAGGCAGUUAUGUACCGGAAGAAACAAUUUAUAUGGAACAUGUAUGGUGAAAGGAGAAUGUAUCGAUACUGGAGGCAUCAAUUCCGGCAACUGUACUGGAUUGACUAGAAACCGUCAAGCUAUUUGUUGUGUUUAUCAACAAGGAUGUGGCACAACUACAUCUAUAAAUAAUACAUAUUUUUUCAACACCGAUUAUCCUUCGACGUUUAAUGGAGCAACAUCGUGUACCUAUAGAAUCACCAGAUGCAACUCAGGAGUUUGUCAAUUGAGAAUUGAUAUGUUGGACUUUUUGUUAGCGCAACCUAGUGGCGAUGGCAGUUGUACUUUUGAUUAUAUGUCAGUAACUGGAGGAAAUUCACGUGUUCCAAGAAUUUGCGGAGAAAAUACAGGGCAACAUAUUUAUGUUGAUUUCAAUGGAGACGCGCCAAUCACUGUAACAAUUUAUACAAGUUCAGUUUACACACUGGAACGUCGAUGGUAUCUUAGAAUGUCUCAAAUCAAUUGUGCCGGUGAAUUUAGAGCACCACCCGGUUGUCUGCAAUAUCAUAUCGAUAGUAGUGGCACGGUUAAAAGUUUGAAUUACGGAGUUGGUUCUAAUAAUAAUCUCAAUUCAAUCGGCGUUGAAGGCAGUAGACAACUUGCAAAUAUUCGAUAUGGAAUUUGUGUAAGGGCAGCAGCAUCAAGCUGUUCAAUAACAUGGACUCCAGCAAGCUCGGAUAUUUAUGCAUUUACUUUGACCGACGAUGUCUCAGUUGUUGAUUUAUCUUUGCUGGGAACUGAAGCAGUUCAAUCUCAAAUGUGCACGACAGAUUAUGUAAUUAUUCCUAAUCCAGUUCAAAACGGAGUACCUUUGGAAGUUGAUAGAUUUUGUGGGAUGGGUUUGGCAGCAACAACAAGUAAUUCCUUGCCUUUUGUGUUGUACUAUGUAACAGAUGGCAAUGAGAAUGCAGAUAUUGGAAAUCGAGGCUUUCAUCUAGAAUAUUCUCAAAAUAAUUGUCCUUUGCCUUAA